AUGUUGGUGAUGAUGAUUAAAAGGGAAACGCCAAUCAGCAUUGCAUCUGGCGUGUUUGAACUCAGUAGAGAAGGAACCCUGCUGAUUCUCAGUGGUGGUAAUUAUACUAAUACCGUGAUCUGGUCAUCCAAUUCGGUGGCAUCUGUCAAUGUAAUUAAUCCCGUGGCACAGCUUCUGGACAGCGGAAAUCUUGUGGUGUGGGAUGAAAAUAGCACCAAAGAAAAUCCCAUCUGGCAAAGCUUCGACUAUCCUGGUAACACGUUGCUACCAGGAAUGAAACUAGGGAAGGAUUUGAUAAAAAAAAGAGAGAGGUAUUUAACAUCAUGGAAGAGCCCUGAUGAUCCUUCUAUAGGUGUGUAUAAAUACUGGUUAGACACAAAUGGAUAUCCACAAAUAUUUGAGCGAAAAGGUUCUGUUGAACACUCCAGGCUUGGACCAUGGAAUGGUCUUGGGUUCCGUGGCCUUCCUAUCGAAAACACGAAUCCAAUUUACUCCGUAGAGUUUGUUGUCAACCAGAACGAAUUGUAUUACAGAUAUAAACUUAAGAGUUCAGUUAUUCAAAGGAUAAUCGUGAUGUGGGAUGGCAUCUUACUGCAGUUGAAUUGGAUCGAGCGAACACAGGAAUGGGUCACGUAUCAGAAUAUAGUAGUUGAUAGCUGUAGUCGUUAUGGACCAUGUGGUCCUUAUGGUAUCUGUGCUCACAUUAGAUCUCCCCCUUGCAGUUGUAUGGAAGGUUUUGAAGUAAAAGUCCCUGAAGAAUGGAAUGCAGGAGAUUGGUCGAGUGGGUGUCAACGUAAAAAGCCUUUGGAUUGUGGGAUUGGUGGGGAUCGUGGCUUCCAGAAAAUUUCAGGUGUCAAGUUUCCAGACACAAGACGUUCAUGGUACAACCUGAGCAUGUCCCUUGGAGAAUGUGAGAUGGCUUGCAUGAAGAAUUGCUCUUGUACAGCGUAUGCAAAUUUAGAUAUCAGAAACGGAGGAAGUGGAUGUUUGAUAUGGUUCGGCGAACUAAUGGACAUGAGACAGUAUGAUGAAAAUCAACAUCUUUAUAUAAGAAUGGCAACCACCGAGUUAUCAGGCCAAUCAAGCUUUAACAAGAAGAAGAGAAUACUUACUUUGGUGUUGUCAGUUUUGUCAACUGUACUGCUUCUAUCUACAAUAGUGUAUGCCUUUAAAAAGAAAAGGAAAGGGCGCCAAAAGAAAGGACGAGGAAACCGUGCACAUAACGCUCAUAAGGAUCAUUCCAGCCUUCAGAGCGAAAACAUUGACGAGUUACCUUCUUUUAGCAUGCAUGAAAUCUCUAUGUCUACCGAUAACUUCAACAUUGACAAAGAUUGGAGAAUGUGGUUUUGGUCCAGUUUACAAGAUGAAAUUAGAAGUUCAAUACUUGAUUGGCCUCAACGUUUUGGCAUUAUCCAUGGUAUAGCUCGUGGUAUUCUUUAUCUACAUCAAGACUCCCGCCUCCAAAUUAUCCAUAGAGAUCUCAAGGCAGCUAAUAUCUUGUUGGACAGCGAAAUGAAUCCAAAAAUAUCUGACUUUGGCCUUGCUCGAAAGUUUGUUGGACAGGAUGGCAUGGCUAGAACAAAGAAGGUGGUCAGAACAUAG